AACAUUUUUUACCCAAUACAUAUUUACACAUUUGUGAGCUUUAAUUUAGAGAUAGAAGCUUCAAAUCAAAACUCUAUUUCAAAAUGGAGAAACAAAUUCUAGAUUAUAUGUUGGUACCGCUGGGCUUGCUUUUCAUGAUGGCUUAUCACGUCUGGCUGCUUCGACGCAUUCUUAAAUACCCAACUCAAACAGUCAUUGGCAUCAACUCCAUCAACCGUCGCUUUUGGGUUCUUGCUAGGAUGGAGGAUUCAUCCAAGAAUGGGAUUCUAGCAGUACAAACGUUAAGGAACAACAUUAUGGCGUCAACCCUUUUGGCAUCUACAGCUAUUAUGCUUAGUUCUGUCAUCGCCGUUUUAAUGACCGGCGGAAACAGUGGUCGUUCAGUCAGUUUUCACGUUUACGGGGACAAAAGCGGGCUUUGUUUGUCAAUUAAGUUCUUCUCCAUAUUGGUAUGUUUCAUGGUGGCGUUUUUGUUCAACGUGCAGUCAAUCAGAUAUUAUAGUCAUGCUAGCAUACUUAUCAACGUGCCCUACAAUAAGUUGGAUUCUUCAAGACAUUGUCUGACGGCUGAGUACGUAGGGAGGACAGUGAAUAGAGGCAGCUAUUUCUGGUCACUUGGACUGCGUGCCUUUUACUUUUCAUUUCCGCUAUUUUUGUGGAUCUUUGGUCCUAUUCCUAUGUUUCUCUGCUGCAUUUUCCUGGUCGUGAUGCUUUAUUUUCUGGACGUCAGUUCUGAUAUUGGAUGGGUUGCACCAACUGAUGUGGACACUCAGCAAACCGUUUGACGCAGCAACGUAUUUAUGUCUUGCUGGCCGCUGUUCACCACUGUUGGUUUAAGUAUUCAAAUAGAAUUAUUUGGUAUAAUAAUCCUAUUCGGUUAGCUUGCAGUAGUUAGUAGUAGUAGUAGAAUAGAGAGAGCAGUUUAUAUUCAAUCUAAGUUGAAUUUAACUGCUCGCGUACCUUGUAAUGUCAUUUCAAUAAUGUGCUUAGGUUAUGUUUUGUUCUUUUAAGAACUAAUUUUGGGGAGAAAAAAUAAGACUGAAUUCGUCAGUACUUCUCGAUGACUAAUAGGGAAUCAAACUUGACCGAUAUUUUCUGUACUCCAGUUAACAACACUGUCUCCGCAUUCCAAGUUGCAGUUCUUUUAUUGAUGUGAUGGAAGAACUUUGA